AUGAAAUGGGACCUAGCCUGGGGUAUUACCCCAAUGCUAAGAAAUGCUGGUGAAUCAAUCACCAAACCAGAAGAGGAAAAUGAAGCGAUGGAAUUAUUCGGUGACACGGCAAUAAAAAUGUCGACUAAAGGCCAAAAACUUCUGGGCGCCGUGCUAUACUCUAGAACUUACUUAGAGCAGUACAUGAAAGGGAAGGUAGAGGUGGGGGUCGAGCAAGUGGUGAAGCUCGCAGAAUUCGUUGCAGCUAAUCCACAAGCCUCAUAUGCAGCCUUCACUAUUGGAUUGAAACAUCGUUGGACUUAUCAUCUCAGAACACUGCCUGAUAUAGAACUGGUAGAGGCGCUAGAGCGCGCAAUAGGCAAUGUCUUCAUACCCGCCAUGACAGGGCACACUUGUACACCCGCUGAGCGUGAAUUGCUAGCACUUCUGGUGAGGCUAGGGGAACUGGCUCUCAAAAACACAUGCGAAACGCGACUAAGGAGUAUGAAGCCUCAAUCAGGAAGACUGUUAGUGCAAAAGAACUGUGUCGAGCUGUACAAAUCUGGUAAAAUAACCAGCGGUGUUUCUACAAUCAAUCCAGAUGGUAUUGGACCUGACUUUGAAGUGUUUUGUGAUCAAAAAACUGCCGGAGGGGGAUGGACAAUGAUCCAAAAGAGACUUGAUGGUUCUGUUGAUUUUAACCGCAGCUGGUUUGACUACAAGAAUGGCUUUGGUGACCUUAAUGGCGAGUUAUGGCUCGGACUGGAUAAAAUACACCGCUUGACAAAAUCUCCGAGUAAGCUUCGAGUCGAUCUGGAAGAUUUUGACGGCAAUACUGCAUACGCCGAGUACGACUUGUUUCAAGUGGCAAACCAGAGCAAGAAGUACCAGUUGAGCAUAGAGACAUAUUCAGGAACAGCUGGAGACUCCCUUUUAAGACAUCAUGGCUAUCUCUUUACAACCAAGGAUCAAGACAAUGACAGUUACGAAGGUAACUGUGCCAAGAGACAUAAAGGAGGCUGGUGGUACUCAUCCUGUCAUAGCUCAAACCUCAAUGGUUUUUAUUAUCACGGGAAGCACAUAUCGUUUGCUGAUGGAGUCAACUGGUUUCACUGGAAAGGAUACUACUACUCUGUGAAGAGAGCUGAGAUGAAAAUCAGACCAGUGGAGUUUCAGUAGAACUUGUAGGCUACCUUACUAAGACAAAUAAGAAUUCAUAAGUUAAUUUAAAGCUGACUUGGCUUCAUUAAUUAGACUUAAUAGUUCUCUGAUGUUUCUCCUCUCCCAUCCAAUUAACCCCUACCCACCCUGGUGAUACACACAACUGACAUAAUUUUCAAAGUACCAAUAUACGAUAACAACCCUCUGCAACUUUCAGUGAGUACACCAGAAUAGUUUGAAAAGAAACCAAGAAAGGUUUUAUAAGCCACUCAAAAUAGCGGUAUUACUUGGAGUCCAGUCCGCGUCAGUAUCAAACACCAUUGCGGACCAGUGUAGGCCCACGUAUCAUUUCCAGCAUUUCACAUUCCUUAAACAUAAGUUCCUGGCCAACAGAUUAAGUUGUUAGACUCUUGCAAUUAGAUUCUGUGCUUAACAUUCACAUUUAACAGAUGGUUUCCAUGUUGCCGUGUGUCUGUUCAGUGCUAGAUCGCAGAUGACGUCAAAAGGUAACAAGAACAAAAACGUGGCGAAAAAGGUUGAGUCACUUGUAAUUUGUGAUCUUUCAAGAAAACGGGCGGACCAUUUUUUUUUUCUUUUAUCAAAGGCACUUUCUUAUAAAGUCUAUGAAACUCUCUUUUGGGCACUAAAGGUAAUUCUUUGUUGAUAGUUUUUAUUUCUCCAGUUUAGCUUAUCUACACGUAAACAUACGGAGGUUUAGAGUUAACACCGCGUCGACGUGAAACGGUGAAAAUCAGCUUUCCCUUUUCGUGUACGUUGUCAGUAAUUUAACUUGGAUUCUACUCUGUGAGACAAAAAGUGAAGAAAAUCGUUUGUACACGGUAAACGUGAAACGUGUUACUUUCACGUAGAGAGGGCAAAGUGAAAACGGCAAAUGUAAAAAAAUGGCGGAAAAACAAGGCCAUGCGUUCAUGCUUGCCGUUCACGGUUCCCGUUUCACGUAAACGCGGGGGUAAGUCUCUCUAUUUAAUCUCUUUUCGUCACAUUACCUCACGUCAAGUAGCAUUACAUCACAGGGUUACAUCACAUGACCUCAAAUCUUACUAUAUUGCACUAUAUUAUACCAUAUUGCAUCCACUCUGAUGUCAUACUGAGAUCCCACCGUGCAACUGAAAUUGUAACUGCGUGACCGUAGGUCUGAGUACGAGACUACAUAAACACUAUUCCAUUCCAACCAAAUAGGAUAUGCCAGUGUCAUAUUGCAUCAAUUAUCUUAAAUGAUAAAGCGAUGCGAGGUCGCAUUGCAUUGUGACUGCACUCUACUUACUUUGGAGUGCGCAGGGUAGCCUCUUUAAGGGUUCGAUUCAAGUUGACCUAAGUUCAUUAACUUUCUCAUAAUAAGAGGCUAGACUCUCUGGGGCUUUCCUUUUAGUUAUUCUGAUAUACUUUCGCAUGGGAUACGCAGCUUUCUCCAAAUUUAAAAUUUCUUCUAUAACUCGGCUGUAUUAUUGAAAUCGUCAAUCUUCGGAUCUUCGUUACUUUUUCAAUUUAGCCGGACGGACCUGUCACGUAGGAAAUUUCAAAUAUAUAACUACAUCUAGCCUA